AGCAGCAGAGGGGCCAGUGACACACGCACAGUCUACAGGACUUGAAAUGUGAUAAUAAGAACAGCUGCUGGGUGCGCGGCUCGGCCAAUCAGCGGCGGGGGGAGCGGUGACGUCGCCGCGCCCUGCGUCAGACCCAAUGGAGAUUGAGCUGAGUUGGAGCAGAGAAGUUUGAGCAAGAGAUAAGGAAGAGAAGGGGACUCCUGCACUGCAGCGUCUGCUCCACCAACUGCACUGGGAUCAGCAGCAGCAGCAGCGCCAAGUCCUGGGGCUAAUCUUGCGCCUCCAUCACUGUUUCAUUCUGUCUGGGGAUACAACAAGCUGACACAAUUUCACUGUGGACAUUACACCCUCUAACAGCUAUGGGAGAUAUGGGAGACCCACCAAAAAAAAAGCGCCUGAUUUCUCUGUGUGUUGGAUGCGGGAAUCAGAUCCACGACCAAUAUAUACUGAGGGUUUCCCCGGACUUGGAGUGGCACGCAGCUUGCCUCAAAUGCGCAGAAUGUAGCCAAUACCUGGAUGAGAGCUGCACUUGUUUUGUUAGGGAUGGCAAAACCUACUGUAAAAGGGACUAUAUCAGGUUGUACGGGAUCAAGUGCGCCAAGUGCAACAUCGGCUUCAGCAAGAACGACUUCGUCAUGAGGGCUCGCUCCAAGGUCUAUCACAUCGAGUGUUUCCGCUGCGUGGCGUGUAGUCGCCAACUGAUCCCGGGGGACGAGUUCGCGUUGAGGGAGGACGGACUCUUCUGUCGGGCAGACCACGACGUGGUGGAAAGGGCCAGCUUGGGGGGCAGCGACCCUCUCAGUCCCCUUCACCCAGGAAGACCCCUACAGAUGGCAGAACCCAUUUGUGCCCGGCAGCCCGCGCUCCGACCCCACGUGCACAAGCAGCCAGAGAAGACCACCAGGGUCAGGACGGUUCUUAAUGAGAAGCAACUUCACACCUUGAGGACCUGCUACGCUGCCAACCCCAGGCCUGAUGCUCUGAUGAAGGAACAGCUCGUGGAAAUGACUGGACUCAGUCCCAGGGUCAUCAGGGUCUGGUUUCAGAACAAGAGGUGCAAGGACAAAAAGAGAAGCAUCCUGAUAAAGCAGCUACAGCAACAGCAACCUAACGACAAAACCAAUAUACAAGGGAUGACAGGGACCCCUAUGGUGGCCUCCAGUCCCGAAAGACACGACGGUGGGUUACAGGCGAACCCGGUGGAAGUGCAGACUUAUCAGCCCCCCUGGAAAGUCCUCAGUGACUUUGCCCUACAGAGUGACAUUGAUCAGCCGGCCUUCCAGCAACUGACCUGUUUCUCACAGGUUAAUUUUUCAGAAGGAGGACCUGGCUCUAACUCUACAGGGAGUGAGGUGGCCUCCAUGUCCUCCCAGCUCCCAGAUACCCCAAACAGCAUGGUAGCCAGCCCUAUAGAGGCAUGAUGGGCAUGGACUGGUUCCCUCUGUUGAGGGCAAAGCUUGGACUGAAAGGAAGUGUUUUAGGACCCAGCAGACAGAGAAUCCAGCCAACUCCAUAGGAUGCGGGGCCGCCUACAGAACAUGGGAUGGCAGCCACACUGUGAAGACAAUCAUGGGAUCUUACUAGGAGUGAAGGACAAGGACAUGGUGGUUGGAGUAUCACGGCAGACAAGAUUGAGUGCUGUAGAGGAUUUCUAUCUAUGGAUCUCCAAAAAUAGCAUUUAACCUUCCCCCCAUACCCCCCAUUGGAACAUCCCAGAACAGACCAAGAUGGACCCAGAUAGGAGGGAUCACCCUAAUCCCAAUGGUGCUUCUUUUAUCUCUCCUGACAUCACUUAAUCACUGCCCUGCCAAACAGGAGCUGCGAUCGAUCUGCAGGCAGCACCCCAGACUCAAGUUAAAGGGACAGUGCUUGGGAUCCCUGCAGGGUGAGAUGUUGGAGUUGCCAUGUAGUGUUUCACCUGGGGGUGUGGAAAUCCAGGUCGCCUAUAGCAUGCACCACUUGUCCUUUCUCAUGAAACCUUAUUAACGUUAAAAAAAAACUACAAUAAUGGGGGGGGGGAGUAAAACAAAGACAACAGCUAAAGACACUGCUUAUUUUUUUUUCCAAUAUAAUUUUUUUUUUUUUUUAAUGCUCAAACCAAGUCUAGGAAGCAUCGCAACAACAAGGUAUACCUCUCUCUCUCUCUGCCACAUGCGUCUCUGGAUUGCGUCUGAUUCUUGUCUGUCCAAGGACUUUGAUUUUUUUUGUUGCCCCCAAAGAUGUGUAUAGUUAUCGGUUCAAACGACUGUUCCUCUCUGGAAAUAAAGAGAAAAAAAAGGCAGCAUUUUUUUUUUUGUUUGCUCUUGAAUUGCAAAUUAUAAAGUAAUUUAUUAUUUAUUGUCGGAAGACUUGCCACUUUUCAUGUUUAUUUGACUAUAUUUUUUGUUUGCUGAAGUAAAAAAUAUCGAUAAAGAAAAAA